CAACCCACAUGCAUGGAGGAAUCUGACUUUGCAGGUUUCCCCCAAGCCAAAGGCAGUGGGUUUUGGCAAAGGCACUGGGACCUUAGUGUUGGACAGAGAACAUUUUCAAGAGAAGGGCUGACUUGGGAGCUGAGGGAAGCAGAGAGAAUGGGCAAAUGUGCCCAUGGAUGCAUCCACACUGUGAAGGUCUCUCCAAGGGCAGUCCCUACCAUGGACAGAACAUGGGCACUGCUCCCUGCAGAGGACAUGUCCCUGCCAUAUUGACCACACAAACGCUGUUCAGUGUCAUACAAACACAUAUGGGUGGUUUGUUGCUCAGCUUUUUUUCCCCACUAAGGUAUCCUUCUUCCUUCAGCACGCCUUACAGUGUGCUAGUUGGUGUUAGCCAUGCAGUGAAUGGAUAGGAAUGACAGGCAUUCCAAUUUAGGGAACUUUCCAGGAUAUUAUUAAAGCACAGUUUCCCUUUGAGAAUUUAAGCAAGUGUUCUUGAAUUUAGUCAGAAGCAGUGGUGGCCAAAGGGCACGUUUUCUUGGGUUUCCUCACAUCCCGGUUCUUUUUCAGUGUUCAGCUUGGUAUACAGGGGGUAUGGGCUCGGUGUCUGUUUUGUGUUACUUUUGAUCCUCUGUCACCGCGAGCCUAGCUAGAUAAGGACACUCAGGAGACAGAGGUCUGGGUUCAAACAGAGCAGCAGGCAGGAGAGCCCACCCUUAGUUUAUUCUUCCUAUUACAUACCUCUCACAAGGUGACCAUGGAUUGGAGGGUGGUUAUUCCACCUCUCACCCACAUUGGUCAAGGAGGCUGUCAUUCAACCUCCCCUUCUCUUGGAGAAGGAAUCCAUAACAAGGGCAGUAUUUACAAAACACGAUCUUGUGUUUACAUUUACGAGUGUGAGAAGCUGCACACUUCCACUUUAAUAUGUACGCUCAGCAAAUUAGGAAAUCUCAGGGCAACAAUCCUCUGAGCUAUGGGUGACGGACUGCAAGGGGGUUUUGUGCUCCUUUGGGACAGAGGAGAACUUUCUGGGCUUUCUUUUGCAUCAGAGGAGGUUGGGUUGCUAUGCAUAAGUUCACAGAGCAACCCAUAGAAGCUGCUAUUGUGAUGUCAGUGGAGGGCUGCCACAUCACAGUGCUGUCAAGACGAGGUUGCCCUGGUGCACGCAAGGCAUCAGCGCCCAGAGCAGCUCUUGGCGUGCUCGUUGCAGGAGGAUUGCCUUGACGGAGCUGUUCUCAGGCAACAGUUUGUGCCCUGACAAGGGAGUCUGUUUCUUUUGCCUGCUGUUGCACAAGUCUGUGGACUUGUGUAGGCAUUGUUUUUUUUUUUUCCCCUGCGGUUGUAGGGUGUACGGACACGUGCCGGUGUCCUUUUUUAUUUUCGUUGUUUUUUGAACAGUCUGGGGACUUGGGAAGGUGUCUUUUGUUUUCACCUCUUUCUUGGACAGUCCGUGGAUUACAACGGGUGUCCUUUUGUGUCCCUUUUUCCUUGCGCAGUCUGGGGACUUGUGCAAGUGGGUUUUUUUUUCCGUUUUUGUUUUCUGACCCACGGACUGGAGCAGCCCUGCUGAAACGAUGGAGCGAGUCCGUAGAGCAGUCAGCAGGGCUUUUUCAUCAGUGUCAUCCCGCAGAUUUUUGAAUGGUCUGAGACGUAAGUCGAAGUUUAUCCCUUGGGGCAGCACAUUGAGAGCAAAGUGCCAUAAAGGUGCCAUUGUGUUGGUAGAGCUUCUGCCAACAGCUUCGGCUAAAAAGAGGGUGUCUCUUGCCCAGCAGGCUGUGGACAACUUCCAAAAUUCAGGCUAGGAGAGCUUUGCAGGUGUCCUUCUAAAAACUGUGCGGUUCUCUCCAGAACUGAGGGAAAGCAGCUUUUUUCUGUGCUCCAUCCUUAAAGGAUGCGCCUGUUGAACUGGACCCUCUCUGUGUGCUACAAGAGCCAUUGGCUUUGGGCUGAAGGGCCGAGUGCCAAGCCGUCUUGUGUGUGCGCCUGAAGCCCACAGCUGGGCUUGUGCUGUGUCUGAACAGAACUGCAAGCACUAAGAGGCAUUUGGAGAAAGCUUUUGUGGGGAAUUGUUCACAGCAACCACAAGGGACAUGCUGCAUGCAUUUUACAAAAAGAAAAUUAAAGCCCAGGAAAGAGAGGAGAAACAAGCCACUUUAGCUGUAGCGUGGACAAUGAGCUACAAUGUAGGCCCUGAGUGCUGAGGAACAAUUUGCAUUUUCCCGGCCAAAUUUCUUAACAGAAACUUGGCCGGCAAGAGGUUGACACAGCCUAGGGUAUUGGCCUGCAGUCUUGCUUGCUGUGCUAAAGAAGUGUUGCUCUGGGAGGGAUGCUGUGAAAGGAAAAUGCCCUCUGCUUGGGUGAUCUUAUUCUGUGGGCUUCCUCAGCACAGACAGUUUUGUAACAUCACCUGGUUCAUUUUCCCUUCCACCUGCAGGUCGCCUCAGAGGUGGAAGGAGUCAAGGCCGUGGUUCGAGCACCACAGCACCAGCAGAAGAACCUCCUCUGGCUCGCUCUCUUCCUCCAGAGGCUAAAGAAGAGGCAAAGGACAACUUACCUGCACGUGCUGUCAGUCCAGGGCCGGAGCAUCUGGAACCAGCCCCAGCAGGAGAGAUUCUUGCCAGUCAGGACUGCUGGGCCCAGGCAGGAGAGGCGGAGCAGCAGGAGAGCAUGGAUAGAGUGUGCGAAGCCCGGGAUUUCAGAUGGGAGCAGUUGUCUGCCCUUGAGAGAAAGCACCACUCCUCGCUAGCCCGGGCCUUUGAAACGUCAGCAGAGACAGCGGAGGAAUUGCAGCCUCACAGGGAUCUGCUGAAGGAAGAGGUUCCUCUGGCGGUGCCAAAGGUUUGCCGCCCACAGGGGCCGUCCCCCAGGGUUCUGGAGAGGCUGCUCCAGGAGUCCUCUCGCCAAGGGGACACGCUGUCCCAGGUGUGCAGAGAGGAAACGGUGCUGGCACAAGAGAAGGCUGCCCUGGAAGCCCAGCUGCCAGGCACGGAGCGGAAGCUACGAGGCCUUUCCAAGCAGCUGGUAGAGACCAGGUCAGUGAAGGAGAGCCUGCAAAGCAGCCUGCAGGCGGCUCAGCGGCGCAUCUCGGAGCUGGAGAUGGCCAGGAGCUGUCUGGAAGGCCAAGUUCGCACAGCCACGCAGGCCAAGGAGGUGAUACUUGAGGAUGUGAGGGGCCUUGGUCGUGAGCUGCAAGCUGUAAGAUCUCUCAGCAAGCAGCAAUGUGAAGAAAUGGCCCAACAGCUCCGCAGGAUGGAAGAGCAGUACAUCAAGGCUCUCAGACUCUGGCAAUCUGCUCAGGAAGAGGAAAAAAGGAAGCUCCAGGAAAACUUGGAGAGACAGCUGGAACAACAGCGUUUGGAGGCGCAGCAGCAGCUGGAGGAACAGGCAAACCUCGUGGCAGAGCUCCAGCAUCAGAAGGCUGCUGUCUUAACCAGAAUGCACCAGAUGGAGAGAAAGCUAAUCCGAAGCCAGCAGCAAGUCGAGCAGCUGAGGCUGGAGCUGAGUAAGGAGCGGGAGAAUGGGCAGAUGGACACAGGCUCUGCAGCAGCGUCCUCCAAAGAAGGAGUCUCCCCUCUGCAGCCUGAAAACUCGAGCAUGGACAGUUCAUGCUGGUCAAGCCAGGAGAGAGAGAAGCAAUGCCUGAAGAUGCUGAGGAGCAUUGUGAGCAUGGCAGAUCCAGCAGAGAAAUACACUGGCUGGCAACAUAUUGGCAGUGGGUGAGUGCAGCCACACUUCCUUCUACACAACUAUGGGCCAGGUAUUUUGGUGGUGCAGUAUCAAGUGGGAAGUCAGGCAAGCUGCAAGCAUCUUCAGAGCCCGGCUUUAGAUUGUCCCUGUCUCAGUACUGAUCACAUGGCAUCAUCAAAGAUAACUGGAUGCUGCCAAAGUCUUGCCUGCUUUAGGGAGCAGCACCUGGAAGCCCUCCUGUCCCUCAAGCGUGUGGCACCAGUUUGCUUGUUUUCCUAGGAAACUUGGUUUUGUAUGAGUCAAAGUAAGACGGCCACACUAAGGAAGGAAGCAAAACCUGAGAGAGAGCUUCCCUCCUGAUAGCUGUCAGAUAACAGCUGUUUUCUUUCCAAAAUCUUGCUGAAAACAAUAUUCAGUGGUCAGGACACUAAGAAGGGCUGUGUGGUGUUGCCUGAGUUUAACGGAUAGAAUCAAGAGAGAGGUGAGAAGGCCCAACAGGCCUACGUGUUUCAUUGCCUGGAAAGGCACGCCACACGCACAGACACAGAAAGGAAAAGGCAAAGAAAACCCCCACAUCCAUAUUCUAGUGUGUCCUUUGGAGAUUUGUAGCAGCCCUUUUUUUUCCUGUUGGACGCCUCUUUUCUCUUGCACACGCUGCACGGCAGAGGGCUGCUG